AUGCACGAUGAGAAAUACUUCACAUUUGCUAAUCCGGAAUUUCCUGGCAAUAGUGAAUUCUAUACAGAUAAUUUUAAUGACUGUCCUGAUAAUGUGAAAUUUAAAGCGAAGGCAAAGUUUGAGGAAAAAUUCAUGGUGUGGUAUGAAAUUUCAGAAGCAGGCGUUUCUAGACCGUAUGUGGGUCAUGUUCGAGGUCAGGCGGUUGAUGAUAAUAUUUAUACACAAAAUUGUCUUCCAAAAUUACUGGAUUUUAUUAAUUUAUAUCAUGCUAACGACGAAAUAAUGUGUUGGCCUGACCUAGCUUCAUGUCACUAUGUCCACGCAACAAGACAGUGGUUAGAGGUAAACCACAUACCAUUUGUGCCCCGUGAAGACAACCCUCCUAACGUACCCCAGGCUGCACCGAUCGAAACUUUUUGGGCAUUACUUACAAUGGAUGGGAAGCCCAAAAUCAGGAGCAAUUGA